AUGGGCGUAAAGCCACCGCUUCUUUUCCUCCUCUGUUGGGGUGGCCUUGCCUUUCGAUCUUCUUUUUCUUGCCCAAAUAGUGGUCUGAUGCACAAGAGUUCAAGCAAAAGUGGUGUGAUCGGUACCCCAAAUGCCGUAACGGUGAUUUAUCGGCUGUUGGGACUCCGAAUGGUAUGGAGUGUAACGCCGGUUACUGCCCUUUAUGCUGCUGUAACGGCGUUACGGAACAUGUCAACGUAUGGAAGCUAUUCACCUCCACCGAGCCCGAGCACUGGAGCAAAAGCAGCCGCUGUGAUUGUGAGCUUGGUGAUACUGGCAAUAAUUGCCAUCAUAUCUUGCUAUUGCGCCAAAAAAAAAAGAAAAGCAAUAAUAUCAUAUAUGCAAACAGCAGUUGGUCAAGCCAUAAUAGUUGCUCCACCAGCCUUAAAUGUGGUGAAAGUUUGGGAGGUUGAUGCACCAACAAUGGAGAAGUUCCUCCAAGAACUGGCAAGAGAAAAGCCAAUAGUUGGGCGGCGGAGAAAUGCCCGUGUUCGAUCCACAGAGAGUCUGGAUUGGUUUCCAAAACAAGUUUGGGACGAGUAUGAGAAGGGUGAGUUGGCGGCGAUGACAGUGUCGUGUGGGAUUGAAGACAAGGAUAGGGCAAGAGCAGAGAGGAUGUCUUUGGUGGCAUUGUGGUGCGUUCAAGACUCACCAGAGACUCGCCCACCGAUGAGUGCGGUGGUGAAGAUGUUGGAGGGAGGAGUGGACGUUAAUCCACCUCCCAAACCAUUCCGCUAUUUGUUUUCAGUUGGAGUGGAGGUACUAAAUCCACCCAAUAACACCAAUACCAGUUCAGAUUAUUCAACAAGCGAAGGAAAUAAUUCUUAUUGGUACAAGGAAUCCACUCCAAUUAUGACCAAGUACGAGAUAUAA